AGAGGCGCAGGAUGGGAGGCGCCGCGGGAUUUGUCUGCACGUCCCUGGCUGUCGUCACCUGCGUGGUUUGGUGCCAAGCCCAGAGUAGCACCAGGACCUACGGGCCCGUGUUCGAGGAGCAGCCUGCCCACACCCUCUUUCCUGAAGGCUCAGCGGAAGAGAAAGUGACGAUGGCUUGUCGAGCAAGAGCCAGUCCUCCUGCAACCUACAGGUGGAAGAUGAACGGCACGGAGCUGAAGAUGGAGCCAGAUUCCCGUUACCGGCUGGUUGCAGGCGACCUGGUGAUAAGCAACCCAGUAAAAGCCAAGGACGCUGGCUCCUACCAGUGCGUGGCGUCGAACUCCAGGGGCACGGUGGUGAGCAGGGAAGCCUCCCUCCGCUUUGGCUUUUUGCAGGAAUUCUCUGCCGAAGAGCGAGACCCCGUGAAGAUUACGGAAGGCUGGGGAGUGAUGUUCGCCUGCAGCCCCCCUCCCCAUUACCCAGGCUUGUCCUACCGAUGGCUUCUGAACGAGUUUCCCAACUUCAUCCCAGCCGACGGAAGGCGUUUCGUCUCUCAGACCACAGGAAACCUUUACAUCGCCAAGACGGAGGCUUCCGACCUGGGGAACUACUCAUGCUUUGCCACCAGCCACAUCGACUUCAUCACCAAGAGCGUUUUCAGCAAGUUCUCCCGGCUCAGCCUGGCUGCAGAGGACGCCAGGCAGUAUGCACCCAGCAUAAAAGCCAGGUUUCCUGCAGACACCUACGCUCUGGCCGGGCAGAUGGUGACUUUGGAGUGCUUUGCCUUUGGAAACCCCGUUCCUCGGAUAAAGUGGAGGAAGCUGGACGGUUCGCAGGCCUCCAAGUGGAUCUCCAGCGAGCCCCUCCUGCAGAUCCAGGACGUUGGCUUUGAGGAUGAAGGCACUUACGAGUGUGAGGCUGAAAACAUCAAAGGGAGGGACACCUACCAGGGCCGCAUCAUCAUUCAAGCUCAGCCGGAGUGGCUGAAGGUGAUCACGGACACGGAAGCCGACAUCGGGUCCGACCUGCGCUGGAGCUGCGCGGCAGCCGGCAAACCCCGGCCGGCGGUGCGCUGGCUGCGGGACGGGCAGCCGCUCACCUCCCAGAACCGCAUCGAAGUGAGCGGUGGAGAGCUGAGAUUUUCCAAGCUAGUCCUGGAGGACUCUGGCAUGUAUCAGUGUGUGGCUGAGAACAAGCAUGGCACAGUAUAUGCAAGUGCUGAAUUAACAGUGCAAGCCUUAGCACCAGAUUUUAGACUAAACCCAGUGAAACGACUCAUACCUGCAGCCCGAAGCGGGAAGGUCAUCAUCCCAUGCCAGCCAAGAGCAGCACCAAAAGCCACUGUGCUCUGGACUAAAGGGACUGAACUUCUGAUCAACAGUAGCAGGGUGACUAUUACCACAGAUGGCACCUUGAUCCUCCAGAACAUAAGCAAAUCUGAUGAGGGGAAAUAUACCUGCUUUGCUGAGAAUUUCAUGGGCAAAGCCAACAGCACAGGAAUCCUCUCCGUUCGAGACGCCACCAAAAUCACGUUGGCACCAUCUAGUGCCGACAUCAACGUCGGUGAGAACCUUACCCUGCAAUGUCACGCGUCCCACGAUCCAACCAUGGACCUAACGUUCACCUGGUCACUGGAUGAUUUUCCCAUUGACUUUGACAAGUCGGAGGGGCACUACCGGCGUGCCAGUGUGAAGGAAGCCGUCGGGGACCUCACCAUCCUCAACACCCAGCUGAAGCACUCGGGGCGGUACACGUGUACAGCCCAGACAGUUGUGGACAGCGCUUCGGAGUCAGCCACGCUGACUGUCAGAGGACCUCCAGGCCCCCCCGGGGGCGUGGUGGUGAGAGACAUCGGUGACACCAGCGUCCAGCUGAGCUGGAGCCGUGGUUUUGACAACCACAGCCCCAUCGCCAGGUACCUGGUUGAGGCCCGGACCCUGCUCUCCAACAAGUGGAAGCAGAUGCGCACCAAUCCUGUAAAUAUUGAAGGCAACGCUGAGACAGCCCAGGUGGUGAACCUCAUCCCUUGGAUGGAUUACGAGUUUCGGGUCUUAGCAAGCAACAUUCUUGGAGUCGGGGAGCCAAGCUUACCCUCCAGUAAAAUCCGUACCAAAGAAGCAGCACCCACUGUGGCACCAUCUGGGCUCGGCGGCGGCGGAGGGGCUCCCAACGAGCUUAUCAUCAACUGGACGCCCACGCUACGGGACUACCAGAACGGGGACGGCUUCGGCUACAUCUUGUCAUUUCGCAAGAAGGGCACCCAGGGGUGGCUCACCGCACGGGUGCCUCACGCAGAGUCUCUGCACUACGUGUACCGCAACGAGAGCAUCGGGCCCUACACCCCCUUCGAAGUGAAGAUCAAAGCAUACAACAGGAAAGGAGAGGGCCCAGAGAGCCUCACUGCCAUCGUGUACUCUGCAGAAGAAGAACCGAAAGUGGCUCCGUUCAGAGUUACGGCCAAGGCUGUUCUGUCCUCAGAAAUGGACGUGUCCUGGGAGCCCGUGGAGCAGGGAGACAUGACCGGCGUGCUUUUGGGCUACGAGAUCCGGUACUGGAAGGAUGGCGACAAGGAGGAGGCAGCUGACAGAGUGCGAACAGCCGGGCUGGUCACAACAGCUCACGUAACUGGCCUAAACCCCAACACGAAAUACCACGUCUCGGUCAGAGCUUACAACCGUGCCGGGACCGGGCCCCCCAGCCCCUCUACCAACGUCACGACCACGAAGCCACCACCAAGGAGGCCACCUGGCAACAUCUCCUGGACUUUUUCGGGGUCUACGGUCAGCAUCAAGUGGGACCCCGUGGUGGCACACGCAGACGAGUCUGUAGUUACAGGGUACAAGAUGCUCUACCGGCAGGAUUCCCACUCUGCUCCCACACUGUACCUGGCCAGCAAGAGCCGGAUCGACAUCCCGGUCCCUGAAGACUUCACUCACGCCUUUGUGCAGAUCCGGGUGACGGGGCCUGGGGGAGAUGGGGUCCCCGCCGAAGUUCACAUCCUCCGGAACAGUGGGACGAGUAUGAUGGUGGAGGACUCUGUGACGAGGCCGGUGCCGCACGCUGUCAUCGUCACCAACUCGCUCGUAAUGCUGGCCCUGAUCGGCUACCUGGAGCUCUGAUGGUGGCCGGUGCAGCCGAGGACUCCCGGACACGCUUCCU